GAUUGAGAUGUUGCUGGUACCAGUGCGGAACACGUUUUCGGGGAUAUGAAGGAUUGCCUCUCGCAAGAACCCAGCCAGAAACCACUGACGGACACGGUGGAAAACGGCGAGAAAGAUGUGGCUAGCCGGAGCCUAGGUCUCUCGGAUGGUGUCAGCAGCCGCCCAAAUCAUAUCCACCCUAGUGCCUUUUUUCCUCGUUAUCGUCACCCUCACAUUGGGCCUUUAUUUCCUAUUCAAUCCAAAGAAGAGACCGCACUGCUGUUGCUCAUCGAACAAGGUUGAACCAGAAUCAAACAGCGACGUCACGGACAAACUACCGGAUGAACAGAAAACAGAGAGGAAAGACACCAAUACUGAUGACAUCACAGCGCCCCCAACAAAGUUGCAUCGAAAGAAAUCAGUAGCGUUUAAUAUAACUCGGUCAAUCAUCUUCAUGCCACCACCAUCCGCCAAGAUUGAGACAGUGGGCGUAUCCGGUUCAAGCGUCGUCUCAGCGUCGUCCUUAGGUUCACACACAGGCUCAUCUGUCUCCUCGGACACAGACAGCAGUGCCGGCUCCUCCGUCUGCAUGUUACCGCGAACCGAGGACAAGAUCAGGAAAUCUGUUCCUAAUACAGCAGAGACGACACAGGUGCAGGUCGUCCAAAGCCAACCCAGCCAAACAAGUCUAGAAGAAAGGGAGCCAAGGCCUUCUCCACAAAAACCAGACGCUGAAGAAAAGGCAACAUAUACUCCUGUCACAAAUCCACUGUUUUCGUCCUCGUCCUCGUUCUCGGAGUUGUCAUUUACGUCAACGUCCGACAGCUCAUCCGACUCUGAUGCAGAAUCUGACUCUGAGACAAGUACUUGUACUGACUCGAGUUCUGAUUCAUCUUGUUCUUCAACAGGUUCUGGCACAUCAAGCAAUUCUCUCGUCAAGGCCGCAACUAAUGUAGAUUUUCCUGGUGUGGAUGACGAGGGACAUACUAAAGAAAAGUUAGACACCGUCUUUGUUCGAGUGGAUUCGAAUCAGGAUGUUGAGAAACCUAAAUCUAGAAGCGAACAAAACCAGAAAUCAGUUCAUGUUAAAAUUGAACCUGGCAAUGCUGAAUGUGAAGAUCUCCCUGGUCAUGCAGGACUUAUAAGCAUAAGAGUUGAAGGGCCCAGUACUUCGUCGCAUCUACUCUGUCCUGUGGAGCCAUCAUUGCCCUCUUUUUAUAAACUUGCCGGAGAAUCUGAUAAAAGUACAGCAUCUUCUGGUAAUCAGGAAAAAAUAUUGUUGGUUUAUUCAACAGAACCUGAAACUGUUGACCACCAAGAAGCUGCGGAAGAAAAUUUUGCACCUCUUUCUGAUGAAAGAGAACUAAUCACUGAGGUAGAGACGUCUUGCGCUGGUAUCAAAUUUGGUGUUUCUCCAUUGCCAGAAAUUGAACCUGGUGUUGUGUCUGACCCUUUUGUAAUUGAAGCUGACAGUUCUCAUUUUAAAGCUGAAGAAAGGACUACUGGUGUCACGGUUGGAGAUGAUCUUGCAUUUGGCGAAGAGGAUACGAUAUCUGCCAUCAUAGAACUUUACGAAAAAACUCUUGAUCUCACAAUCGGAGAGACAACUGUACAUGUGGAUGAACGAAAUUCAAGCCCAGGAAGUGGUGAACUCUCUCUACCGGAAACAAAGGUAGAGAAGGACUCACUAGAGUCGCCACCGCAUGGUUUAGAGGCAGAAGAGUUGCUGUGUUCGAAUGCUGAGCAAGAGGGACCUGAAGCUACAGAUACUUUUGAUCAGUCAUCAUCGCUAGUUUCUUCUGCAGAGUUGCCUCAAGUUUCAUCUCUGAAUAAGGACAAGGAGGAGGAAACAGACAUGGCGACCACACACUUCCAAGCGGGGAUGUACGAGAACAUCGCAAAGCUCGGCCGUCUCAACAGCAAUGGAGACGAGUCAUUGGACAGUAAACCUGUUGUGAUGCCACCUCUCCGGUUGCAUGGAGUUGUGAUACCGGAUGUUUCACAGAAACGACCGGAUUCAACACCAGAAAAAACAUCGGAACCAGAUAUCAAAGUGGCACAGCUAGGGAAAGCACCGGUGUCGCCUGCUUUACCAAAAUUCCGACAACUGUCGAUCAAUUCGCCUGAAAAAAGAUCACCAACCUUUGACUCAGACAGUAAACCAGCUGAUAAUUCUAUGAAUGUCAAAAUGCGGACUAUCACGGUUCCUGGAUUACCGUCCGGAGCUGAAAACAUGGUGCCUGUUCGACCGGUGGCGGCAAAUGAUUCUGAUGCUGAUGGUUCAUAUGUGGAACCUUCGACAGUACAUAGUGAAGGGCCUUUGUUGAGAAGGCCUACUACAGCCCAAGUUAAACUUAUGAAUACUAGUGAUGGCGAGGUUUCCACGAUGCCAAAUUAUAGUAUUGAAGAACGUGCUGCCGUAGAACAGUUGCGAAACAAACUUAGACAGAGAGAAAGAUUGAAAUUAGCUUUGAAGAUGAUGGAAGAAGAUAAGAUGAAAUCCCGCAAAUCUUGGGAGAAGAAUCUCUUAUCAGGCAGUGAGGGGGAGAAGAAACCUGACGUCUCACCCCAGCCGCCACCGCAACAUACCAAACAUAAAUGUCGACAUCACCAUCACCACCGGAGACGACGAAGCACGGGUGAUAAAAAUCACUGCCGAGAUUCCAAGAAUUCUCAAGAAAGCAGCGUUCUGAGUGAAGAAGAAAUGAUGUUGAAAAGACUUGGCCGCAAUAUGAGGGCUAGAGACAGGCGACUUAAUGCACCUCUCAACCCCAUGGAGAAGGAAGCUUCCGCCAGAAGCCAAGAUCUUCUCCAGCUUCUGACGCAGAGCCAGAAAAUCACUGCUGACAAACCAGUUAUUCUCUUCACUCGCACACAUGCAGUUGAUGAGGACCGCGAAGACGCCAACACCAUCGUCUCUGAUAGCGCUCAACCUAUGGCCAUGUCGACCGUUGAUAAAAUCAACUCAAACAGCAGGAAACAUCGUCGGGGACGCGGUAGGCACAGGAUGCCCACGCUCAAAACACCUUUCGAUAAACCGAUCCCAGAGGCCAGUGGCGGCAAUAACAAUAUGGACAGCCAUCGAAGCGAAAUAUCGGUGAUGUCCGAUUCCGCAGUCGAUCGGUUAAUAAGUGAUGGAACUUUAGUCAGAACGAAAGCUGAUUUAGCUUUGCCCCAAAAUGUGCGAAGGAACAUUGUUUGUCCUUCUAUUUGAUUCUAGGACGUGAAGUAGUUGUAACCAGUGACUGACAUGUAUUAGUUGGGGAGUAUAGGUACCGUAAUAACAUGUUCUGACUGUUAAGAUUGUCCUUCGUGACCUCUUUGAUGAUGAAAAAUAAAGAUGCUUCAAUUGGAGACUACAAGGAGCCAGGUAGAUCAAAUUAAGAUACACCAAGUUGCCACUUGGGGUAUCUCAUAUUCCACAGUACUGUUCACGCUGUAUGAGGAAUAUAAUUAUCGCUGAAUCAAACACAUCCCUAAGUGUGCAUACUUGUCAACUGAAGACUACCAAUUUGACCCUUUAGUUCUUGCCUUGUUGUCCCCUUUUGUACCUACAAUAAAGGCUGUGUGGGGUUGUGAACAAAGACAGCUUAUUCAAUUGGAAGACACCUGCUUGACAUCACCAGGAAAUACUUCAGAUCUGUCUCUUCUCCAGAGUUGCAGCGCAGUGUUUUCUGAGGUUGUGUCAAUGAAAAGAUAGUUUAUACUUGGUACCAUUUACUGGUAUCAGUGUGAUAGUUUUAAAUGUCCUGAGGAUAGAGCAUCAGGGACACAAAGGAUUCUAUUAUGCACUUUAAUCUCUUGGGUAUUGAAGGUAAUGAGCCUCUAUUGAAGGAUAACCUGUCACAUGAUAGUAGGGAUGGACACUUUUUCCUGGGGGACAUUUAAAACUGCUACACGGGGGUACUUGCUCUUAAAUUUGAAUGUUGGCUAUAGUAGUUUUAUAAUUACUGAAAAAAAAGAGUUCAGGACACUUUUUCCUGGGGGACAUUUAAGACUGCUACAUCGGGAUACUUACUCUAAGGUGCAUAAUCCAGUCUUUGGAUAUAGGUAGUUUUGUAGUUACUGAUAAGAAGAGUACAAAUGUAAAAGCUACUAUGUCCACUUCGGUUCUUUUCAAGUAAAUACAACUUUCCUCUUAUCAUUUUUGCACUAUAAGUUAUGGCUUAUUACCUACGUCUCAAUAGUACUUUACAAAUGUAAAUGUUCAUAUCAAAAAGUUAGUUAAUGAAUUAAUUACUCUUUGGAAUUUUAACCCAAAUUUAAUUAGAUGCUGUCCUGUUUAUGUCUGUAUUUAUUCUCUUUAUAGUCAUUUGUAAAAUUAAAAAUAUUUUAA